GAGCGCAGGCUAGAGGAGGGGAAUGGGACCGAGUGCUAAAGCAGUGAGUUCAUCGGGACAAACACACAACGGAUACCGGUCCACAACAGGUAUUCGAAGAAUCUGAAGAGACGGACAGACUUUUAGGGAAUUCAUUCAGCUUGAUUUUUUAGGAAAACGGUUUUCUGUGAUGUCUUUCCAAGACCUUCGAGACUCUUUUGAAACGUUCUCGCAAUACAUGAAAACGGGGCGCAGUCGGAAUAAAGAGCGAUUGCAAGCCAGCCUGGCCGGGUUAUGUGAGCUAGAGCUUCUCAAACAGAGACAGGAAAGCAGGGUGCUGUGCGCUCUUGGGAUCAAGGACCCUUCGUCAACCGGGGGCCCGGAUUGGGGAGCUCUAUGCUCGGAACUUUGUGCUAUGGACGCCCCGAAAGGGAAGGAAAGCUAUGGUCUCAAUCUCCACCAUAGCAGUCUGCAGUUUACUCCCUGGGGUUUAAGCACAUCUUUAGAAGAGCAGGUGGCAGAGCUGAAGGUGGACUGUGAAGUCAAAUCAUCAGAUUCCACUAAUCUGGAUGCCAGCCAACUCAUUUCAGGGAAAGCCCGUGUAGCCAAGGAAAAUGGAUCUUCUGAAAUGAAUUGCUACCCCGUGACCUCAUGUUCCCUCUCAGCCCCCGAGGGGAGUGGUGAGAAAGAGACAAAAAAAACAUAUAUGCCCGCCCUGACAAGACAUGCCAUCGUUACCGGUGCUUUAGGGAAAUUGAAAGAAGUUGACCCCAGUCUGUAUGAUUAUCAACAAACCCAAAAGGUUGAGACUUACAUAUUUGGAGUGAUUCAACGACGAACUCUACCCACACGACCCUCAAAGCCUCGUACGAGCCUGGCACAUGAUGCCCGAGUUGUUAAUGUGGUAAGGCAGAGUAGUUUGUGCCAAAAGGAUGAGCAACAUUUACCAAAACAGGAGUUGGCUCAAGAGAUCAUUGCACCCUCCCAGUGGUCAGAAGGAAUUGCUUCAGAGGCUGGCCAUAACCUAGAUCAGGAGCAGUACCUUAGGAUAGGGCCUACUGAAGAUCCCCCACUCCCAUAUCAUCUUCAGCAAAAGGGGCUUUAUACCAAACCCAGGCAAGCCUCCAUGACGCUGCUUGACUAUCCACAUGGUAAAGAUGUCCAACCAGACUCCAGCACUACUGAGCCGGACUUAUCCCAACGUCUCCCCAAGUACCAGUCGCCUCCAGCAGCAGCAGCAAAGUCUUCUCAACCAUCUUCUCCCGAAGAUCAUCUGGUCAGUGCCGAGUAUAUUCCAGGUCAGCCUUGUCGGACCUCCAACCGAGCUUAUGCACAUCACCACACCAACCACCACAAAGGUCCUGGGGUGUCCAAAUCCAACCGAUGUGCAUAUUCUCCAGAAAGACUCUAUCAUCAGGAGCAGCAACCCACGGCUUUUCAUAUCCAACCCCCAAGGUACAGAGGAGGCCCAAAGAAAUGUCGAUCAAAUGAAGACAGAAGUGGUGCCAGCAGAAAGCCAGGGAAGAAGGCGUGCAGGUCUCAGUCAGAGAAUAGCUUACAAAGGUUCCCAGAGCGCAAGUUUAAUACAGUCGAGAGGGAUGGUAGUGGAAGUGGGAACGCUGGAAGGGGAAGCCGCGGUAAUCAACCCAGAAGCAAAAAGCAGCAACAAAGUAGCGGUAGCUACAGGCGCUCGCUGUCCACUUUGGAGCUCAGCCAAGAUGAAGCUGAUCAGCCAGCUGUGACAAUACCUGUGCAAAGCAACCAAAACUGCUGUCUUAGGCGCACACGUAAACCCCGUCCUCCACACGCAUCAUAUGCUUACCCCACAACCUCGCACCAUUUCCACCAUCAUCAGCACAUGGAGUUUCAGUUGGAAAGGGACCAAACGCAACUGUGUCAGGCCACCGAUGAUUAUUCUCACGCAGGUCAGGUAGAGUCUGAGUCGAGCAUGAGUGAGGCUGACUCUCCAGAUUCCAGCUCAUUGUCCAGUGAUUCAGAUGAAAGUGGGGGUCUGGUUUGGCCACAGCAAUUACCCCCAAGACUUUCCCUCCCGUCAACACUUGCUCCAUCUGGAGCACCUCUGCAGCCUAAGGCUUUUGUCAAGAUAAAGGCCUCACAUGCACUUAAAAAGAAGAUCUUGCGCUUCCGUACAGGUUCACUGAAAGUAAUGACCACUGUAUGAAGUGAAACGAAUGCCAAAGUGAAGUAGUAUGAGAUGCAGUCCUUGAGUUUAUGUGAUGACAUAUUACAUGGAAAUGCUAAUGAACUGAUUUUGGACAUGAAUGGGUUUUAGUCUCAACAAGCAAUGAAGGAAAUGGCUGUCACUCUACGCAUCUAUGCAUCUCCAAUCUCUGUUUCAAAAGUAAGAUGUAUAAAUGACAUUUUCCAUGAUAGUAGAAGUCUUAAAUAGAUGACUCACGCUAAAAAGGUCCUUGUCUUUGUUCAGAUAAGUCCUGAAACACUGUCACGCAUGCACAUGUAUAUCAUAUUUCAAACCAUGUAUAUCUUCAUUUGAAUUACCCUGACACAAAUGAAAACGAUAAGGGGCCUAAUGUUGUUGUAUAAAUCACAACACUACAGGCUGUGUGUCUGUAGUGUGAAAUUCACAACACUACUCAUCUUAAGGCACAACAUACCAACAAGGUUUCACUAGAUUCAAAGGUUUUGGUGAGCUUGCUGUCUGAAUGUGCCUACUUUUACUCACCCAAAAUGGUGCUAUGUGUAAAUCAAAAGCACGUGUGAGCAAAGCUUAAGUACAUUAAUAUUAAUUUGUUUUAUUUAAUAUAUUUGCAUUGUUUAGUAUGUCGUAUGAAAGUAAGUCAUUCAUUUAUUGGUAUGUAGAUGAGCACAGGCUAUUAGAACGACUGCAGCAUUUAAAUAAAGUCUUUGCCAAUCGUAUUUAAAUGUAUUUGGCAAAUAACUUGACCCCAGUUCAGUCACAGAGGCAGACUAAUAGUAGACCAGUGACUCUGUCUUUAUUGCCUGUUUAUCAUUUUACACAUUUACAAUAAUAUUUAACAUUAAGUUUUGUUGCUAUCUUCAACCACCGUGUGACUCUGAUGUCUCUGAUAUCUAAGGCUUAAUAUUCUCUUUCAAGUGUGUAAUGUCAGCUUUACAAUAAGUUGGAUUUAAAAAUAGCAGAUUAUUUGAAAUCAAUCACCAUAAAAAUGAAAUAAUAAAUGCUUUUAUUGUGACAAUGACUCAGCACACACACAGGCAGCUUUGCAGGGUGAGUGUCCAUUUAUUCACAAUGUUUACAACGCCACAGCACUGAGCACUGUCUCCAGUCCCAGCAGGCUACUCAAACGGGGAGAUUGCUCAGACAAUCAGUCCCAGCUGCCCUGGAAAACUGAGCUUUCUAACGUUAAAUCAAACCGUGCUCUUUUCCCAAACUUAGCCAAAUAACUUUGGUGCCUAUGAACCAAACAAAGGUCAGCGGCUCUCUUCAAAGCAAUUUUGUGAUCAAGACAGGAAUAAAGUAAAAAGGUGUGGUUAUUAUUUUAUGUUCUUUACCUUACCAAACAAAGUGCCUUUAGGUGGCUGCUAUAUAAAUAAAAUAGAAUUGAACUGAUAUUUGUGUGUGUGUGUGUGUGUGUGUGACCAAAGGGGGAUUUCUAUGGGCUGGGCUGUUUUAUGACUUUAGGAUUUAGCUGUUUCAGUUAACUGAAGGGGAGAGGAGGGGUGCAGAGGAGAAAACAUGUCAACACAGCAGCAAAAGAAAAACUUGCAGCCACAUUUGACAAUAUUUAACACUGAGUCAGAAAUCAGUCGAUUUUUCUUUUUUCUUUUGUGCUAUGCUACAGUCCGUUUAUAGCUUUUUCUCCAUUCCUUCAUUCCUCCAUCUGGUAGUAGUUAGAAACAGAGCCCUCCCUUCUGGCCAAGAACCGAGAGUAUUUCCUGCGUAGUUGGUGGUGGGACAGAGAGGCAUAGAGCCUGCAGAGGAAACCCAGAAAGAGAAACAGAGGCACAGUUAGAGAGUGGGAGGAGGGUGAACGAGGGCCUCGUGCACAUACAUC